AUGGCAGAUACGGAGAAGAGUUUGCAAUCUCUGGAUCCAAUUCCUGUUGACGUGUUGUUCGAGAUCUUCUUAAACUUGCCAGCGAAAUUUUUAGCCAGGUUUGUUUGUGUAUCGAAGUUAUGGGCCAAAAUCAUCCGCAAUCAAGAUUUCAUCAGAUCCUUCUCGUUUCGAUCAUUCCGAGAGAAUAAGCAACACCGUCUCCUUUUUGCUUUCAAAAACCAAAUAAAAGGUUAUCAAGAAAAUUGGUACUUUUUCUCCAAAUCAACUCAUGUUUCAACUCCACUAUAUGAGCCAAACUCACUGGUUUUACCGGACCAAAACAUUAACAAAUUUGAAGCUCUAGUUGGGGAGGAACCACCUGAUUUUGAAUCAAGUACGGUGUGUCACUUGAAGAAAAUGCGAUACCAAAAUCCUAGCUACGUCCAUGGGUUGAUUAGCUUUUUAUAUGGGGAAGAACAAAUCAUAUGUAAUCCCAGCAUAGGUAAGUCCAUAAACUUACCCACUUUGGGAUCCAGUGAAACGAUCAUUGGAAGCUUUUUAGGAUAUGAUCCUAUCCAUGCACAAUAUAAAGUAUUAUGUUUGAACAAAUCUUCACUGCAGUUUUGUGGACAUCAAGUCCUCACAUUGGGAGCUCAAAACUGCUCAUGGAGAAUGAUCCAAUGCCCCACUCCUCACUAUCCUGGAACCACCUCUGUGUGCAUAGACGGUGUUUUAUAUUACAGUGCUUCCAGAGGUUUUACCAUGCAUGAACCAUUAAACUUGGUGAGAUUUGAUUUGAGGACUGAAAGUUUGGAAAUUGCUUCUGUAUUUCCCGAGGACUUUAAAUCGUCGGUUAAACCUAGUUUGAUAAACUACCGUGGAAAAGUAGCUGUGUUCUCUAAAUACUUUUGUGGCGAUUUCGGUUUGUGGGUUUUAGAGGACGCCAAGAAACAACAAUGGUCGAAAGAACAACGAAUAUCUAUUCGUAGAGGUGUUAUUGGUAGAUUGCCUCAAGGUUUACAAAUCUUGGGAACUUCUGAUAUGGGAGAGGUUAUCUUUGCACCCAACUAUUUUUAA